ACUAAUUCCCUUUUUUUCUUUGUUUGCCUAGUGAGAACUCAGCAGAGGUCCUAGCAGUAGAUUCUAACAAUCAGUCGAAGUCCCCACUGGAGAAGUUUAUGGUCAAACUGUGCACUCAUCAUCAGAAGCAAUUCAUUCGUGUUCUGAGUGACCUGUACACUGAAUCUCAGCCAGGAACUGAGGACCUGCAGCCUUCAGAUUCUAGAGCAAUGGAGACAUCCACUUGCAGUGCUGCCUGUGUCCAGCUAAGCAACAGGCAUAAGGAACAGGAUGCUGUGUGUCUUGGUAGGAAGUCGCCCUCGUCUGUAGAUUCAUUCAUGGACUCGUCGGGCUCUCAUAGCUCUCUACACGUGACUGAACAGAUCCCGAAGGAACCUCCUCCUGAGAUAAUCUCUGUAGAUGGAAGAGACAAUGCCUUGACUGUUGUCCAGAAAGAUUCCCCUGAACUUGCAGCUACUCAACCUAAUUCUGGCAGUUCAACAAAUAGUUCUGCUCUGGGAUACCUCACUGCACCUAAUUCUUCCUCAGUGAACUUCCACUACAUCUCUAAAAGCUUGGAGGGACAAACCACUGCACAGGAGCAAGACACAAAUAUGAAAACAUGCGAGGAUGGUAAAGACCAUGUGCAGAGUUCAGCUUUAAUAGAAAGUCUAGUUGCAGUAAAAAAGACAUCUGAGAAUAGUGAAGAGGGCAAUAGCUGUAUUGUUUCUCAAAGAAAUUCAUUCAAAGCUUUAUCAGAAGAGAGGUGGGACUCAGGGUUUAUGGGGAACUCACCUAGAAGUGCUGACAAAGAGAAUGCUUUACAGAGUAGCUCAAAAACACCUUUGUGCCAGGAUUUAGAGGCAAACGAACAAGAUGCAAGGCCAAAGCAAGAGAACCAUCUUCACUCGCUAGGAAGAAGUAAGGUGGGUUACCACUCACAUCCCAGUGACAAGGCCCAGUUUGAUCAUUCCAAAGAUGGUUGGUUGGUCCCCAGUUCUAUGCCAGCUAUACACAGAGCAUCUAAUGGGCAUUCAAGAAACAAGAUGAUAUCACCCUCCAUCAAGACUGCUCGGAAAAGUAAAAGGGCAUCAGGGUUGAGGAUAAAUGAUUAUGAUAACCAGUGCGAUGUUGUUUAUAUCAGUCAACCAAUAACAGAAUGCCACUUUGAGACUCAACGAUCCCUAUUAUCUUCUCGGAAAACAGCCAGGAAGAGUACUCGAGGAUAUUUUUUCAAUGGUGAUUGUUGUGAACUGCCAACCGUUCGCACCCUGGCCAGAAAUUUACACUCCCAGGACAAGGGGAGCUCAUCACUGGCGUCAGCAGCAGUGGUGACUCCUAACCCAGACCUUAUAGUUCCAUCCCCGAGGUGCCUGGUGGAUGUGCAGCUUCCUAGAGAAGACAGCCCUGAAGAACCUAGUAAGGAAAUAACCUCCCUCAGGGAGAAAAGCAGAGACACUUCACCUGCAAAAGAGUCUCAGGACCCUGAAGUUCGCCCCACGAUGAGUGAACCCAAUUCUGGCAGUUCCCCUAGGUCAACAGAGACGACAGCAUCCAGUGUUCUGUGUCAUCUGUCUGGUCACCUCCCUGACAAGGACAUGCUGGAAGGCAAUAGUGUGGUCUCAGCUCCCACAACAAAUGCAGUGUCUUCCCCUGAAAGAGACCAACAACCACGUGCCCUGCUGGAUGCAGUGGAGGUGAAUGUACUCCAGGACUUCCAUCUGCUUCCCACAACUGACAGCAUUUCCAGGGAAGGUGGUGAAGACCUUCUGAGGCCUCAGUCUUCUCCAGAAACAGUCAGCAGAGAAGAAAGCCUUCUGUGUUCAGAAAAUCAAAGUUCCCCCAUGGCCCUGGACCCUCCCCUGAAUCUAGGACAGGCUGAGCGCAAUCAAAGCAUCAGUACCGAGGCCCAGACUGGAGACACUCAGGAGCUAGGCACUGACUCACUCCUGCUGGAAAGCAGCACUUUCAGUAAUGAAAAUCUUGGUGAGAUCGAGGGAGAUGAGGGAGGUAAGGCAGCAAGUAGCACAGGACAACUGGAAGAAGUAGACAGUGACUUAAAAUAUUCUUCAGAAAAAGAUAUGUGUGGUCCAAACAGUGACUCACCUGAAGAGAAUUCAGACAAGAAGAAAAGAGGUAAAAAGUUCCUUGAGACCUCUGACAGGUGCCUAAGAAGUCAACUUUCAGAGUCUUCCUCUGCUGAUAGGUGUCUAGGAAAUCAAAGUUCAGAUUCUUCGUCUGCUUGUCUUGAGGUCCAGGUUUCUAAAAAUCCUGGUGCAAAGCAUUCUAAAAAAGAAGACUCUGGUGGGACAACACCUGAGGACUUGCCAGCUGACAGUGUCCCUAUAGAAGAUCUAGAGGACAUGGAAAACCUGAAUGUCAAUGAAUGCCCCUCUGAGAGUGAUGCAGAGCAGGAGGGUGAAGGAGGUGGGAUCAUCACAAGGCAGGCUUUUAAAAGCAUGCUGGCAAAAGAAGUCCAGAGGGAAGAAGGGGGACCUUUCCCCAACAGUGACCCCAGAACUGCAGUUGGCCAGCCACUGCAUGGAGAGAGGCUGGAGAUCUAUGUCCAGUCCAAGGUGAGUGAGAAAGAUGCUCACCUCCCCUCAGAAAGCAUGACUUAUAAGAGGGACCCAGAGCAAUCAAAAGAGAGACCAGGACACAGACCUGCACAAGAGGUGGAGGCAGCUGCAAAUGAGGUAGACAGUGAGGACACCCAGCAAAAAGAUGAUGCCAAGUUUGUUCCAUCUGGCUCCUGUGGGAUUUCAGGUAGUCAAGGUGAAGACACUGCUGAGCCACCAAAGUUGGUAGCAAGGCCUAAAAGAUUGACCUCUUCAACCUACAACCUGAGACACGCUCAUUCUCUGGACUCCUUGGAUAUGAUGAAAGUGUCUUCAGAAAAGGAAGGUGCACAAGUAAACCCCAUGCCCAGGGAAAGUGAAGGUUUGGAAAGUGCAGACCCCUUAGAUGAGGACGAUGUGGACACGGUGGUGGAUGAACAGCCCAAGUUUGUGGAGUGGUGUGCUGAGGAGGAGAACCAGGAGCUUAUCGCCAACUUUAAUGCCCAGUACAUGAAAGUUCAGAAGGGCUGGAUCCAGUUGGAGAAAGAAGCUCAGCCAACAGCAAGAGCAAGAAAUAAGUCUGAUAAACUGAAGGAGAUUUGGAAAAGCAAAAAAAGAUCACGGAAAUGUAGGGGUGCAUUGGAGAGUCAAAGAAUUUCCCCUGUUCAGAUGCUGUUUAUGACCAACUUCAAAUUGUCUAAUGUUUGCAAGUGGUUUUUAGAGACAACUGAAACACGGUCUCUGGUCAUUGUGAAAAAGCUUAAUACUCGUCUUCCAGGAGACAUCCCCCCUGUCAAGCAUCCUCUUCAGAAGUACUCUCCUUCCAGCCUGUAUCCUAGUUCACUGCAGGCUGAACGCUUGAAAAAACAUUUAAAGAAAUUUCCUGGAGCUACUCCUGCUAGGAAUAAUUGGAAAACACAGAAGCUCUGGGCUAAACUUCGAGAGAGUUCUGACCAAGUAGAGCCAGACAGCAGCAGUGAUGUCAGCCUCGGGCCUAAUUCUGAAGAUAGUGUGGAAGUCAAGGAAGGUAGAAAUAGCCAUCCUCCCACGAACUCUCCCACUCCAGCCAGCACCCGGAUCCUUAGAAAAUACUCUAAUAUCCGAGGGAAGCUCAGAGCCCAGCAACGAUUGAUAAACACAGACAAUACACUAGGUGUGACUUCAGAAACUAAGCAGAGUCGGAAGAGCGUGUGCAUCAACCCUCUGAUGUCCCCCAAGCUCGCCCUCCAAGUGGGUGCAGACGGCUUUCCUGUUAAGCCCAAGAGUGCUGAAGGAAUAAAAGGAAGGAAAGGGAAGCAGAUUCCUGAAGUCUUGCUUAAAGCUGAAGGACAGAACAAACGCAAGAGGACAGAAGGCAGCGGUGCUCAGGACAGUAAGGACAGGGGGCCAGCAAUGAAAGCUAGCAAAGAAAAGCAUGUAGAUGGAGCCACCCGCGCCCCUCCUGCUAAGAGGCUGGCCACAAGGGACAAAACUAGCCAGCUGCCCAGAAAGAUGUCUCCGAAAGAGAAUACAGUGAGGAUCCCUAAAAAGCCCUUUCGGAAGAGCUGCCCUCCUUCCAGGAAAGAAAAAGAGAAUACAAACAAAAAGCCUACCCAGACCACUGCCUCCUCAGAAGCACUGAGGAAAUCUUCAAAACAUACAAAGCAAAAGGGGGCCAGUGAAUCCCCUUCAAGGCCCCAGAAAGCCACAAACAGGAAAUCAAGCAGUGGGAAGACCCGGACCAGACCCUUGACAAAAAACCCAGAAAGCAGGGCAGCCCAGAGAAAACGAAAGCUCAAGGCAAAGAUGGACUCUGCCCAUAACAAACGAAGGCGACUGGAUGCAAAGUGAUGGAAGGAUGGCAGCCAAGAGAGGAACUGUUGUAGAAGUAACCUUUUAUUUUGCAUUAACUAAAUCUGCUUUUAUAAGCUUAUCAAGCCUUUCAAUUUACAGUUAAUAGAGAACACCACAGUUUGAGAUCUCAGAAAAUGUGUCUCAGGUGGAGAAGGGAACUUACAGAGUCCUUCUCUGAGGCUAAGGGAAGUUAUAUAUUAUAUUCUGGUUGUUCCUUGGGUUUUAAACUUGGAACCAAGAAGUUUUCGUUUUAAAAAGUACAGUGCCUUAUUUAUCCUUUUUGUUUUUAAAUUUACGAAAGCUAAAAAGCUGAUCUAUGUGAUUAAAGGCUUGUAUUUUAUACUUGAUGCACAAGCACUUGUACUGUAGCCAAGAAGACCACCACCACGCACGAGAAAGGAGCUAUCAGCAGCCACCCUGCCCCCUUUGCAAACCACAGCAGAACUUCCCACUCUGUCUUGUUUGUUUUCUGCUUAAGUGAUAUUUGAAAGCUAAACCAAAUCAUUUCUAUGGUAUGUGGAGAAUGUAGAAGAUUUAUAUUAUCUUAAGAGAUUAGUAUUUUUGUUGCCCUCUUUUAAAAAAUCAUGUUCAUUUUUGGCCACUCUUCUCACUUUUUUUUUAAUCAUUUGAGAAUAUGUUUUUUAAAUUGUGUGCCCAUGAGACAAAAGAUGUGGUACAGUGUUAAUUUUGGUGUAUGACCUCUAAAAAUUAUUUGCACCCCCAAACUAUUUCUAAUGCUUAUUAUCCAUCUUCUUUGGUUUUGGCCUUGCAUUCUUGCUACACUCUUUCAUUCUGUUUUGGCCAAAAGAAAAAACUUGUUUUCAGCUUGUAAUGUAAUUUGAUGAUGAUUAGAAUGAGAAUGACUUCCUUACUUCCUUUCUUACCCAGAGUACUGCCUAUUCAGAGAAAGCCAAA